AAAAAAAAAAAAAAAAAAAAAAAAGGAGUCAGGGGCAGGAGACACACUACGGACUUCAAGCUCGGAUCUCAAUCGGAUCUUUGCACUUUUGCAACAAAACUAACUGACAGUCGAGUCAGAGUCCGAGUCGCACACAAUCCGGAUUCGCCAUGCCAAUCAAUAAACCACAUGCGAAACCCACUCUCUGAGACCGGAAGACCUCCCCCGGGAAGACUUUCAAACCUUCUAGAUCCUGAUCGACUCGUCGGUCAUUUACUUUCUCCAAAUUCGAAAAAAAAGGUCCGCGUGUGGCGUCUCGGUAACCCUAUACUCCGUAUAGCUUGCUUGCUGGCUUUGCUUGCGCCUUGGGGGUUAGAGUUUCGCGCGGAAAAAGCCAAUGUACGGAGUAAAAAGAAAAAGAAAACAAGAAAAAAAAUCUCGCUGCGUUGAGCUUAUGAUGACUCGGUGAGGGGCACUGAAGAAGCCAGACCAGUCAUGGUUAUAGCUUGCCUCCACUCAGCGCAAUCCUGGACAUUUUAUCGGGAGAUUUGGCUCGACUGGGUUGUUCUCGCCGUGCAAGACCGAUUGUUGAUGGUGCAAUGGGUCACCACCACCUAACUUAAGUUAUUGUGUGUGGAGAUUACAUAACCAGUGCCACGCCGACAGUAAGCGGAGAGUGUGUGUGUAUGUGUGUGUGUGUGUUUGUGUGUGGGUAAGAAAAGGAAAAAAAACCUUUGCGACCGAGUGAAAGUCAGAAAUCUAUGGGAAGUGAAGUUGAUGCAGUGAUGCAGG